AAGUAAACUUGUAUAUUUAUUGAACUCCUACCGAUUGCAUAUUUUGGUUUCAAAAUCUUUCAAAAAGGGCGACAGUACAACUUGUUUGUGAGUCGUAAUUAACAAUUAAAAUUCUCUAUUGUAACGUGGGGAAUAAUUACCAGAAAAAUGUCAAUAAAGAAACACUUUAAAAUGCAAAAUGGAGAACAAACAAGGCGGCGUGUAUCAAUUAGACGUAAAGUUGGAUCACAAGCAAGUCGACAACUUAUGUUAAAUCUUGGAGAUUCUAUGGCUCUGGCUCAAAAUGAUACCCAAUCUCAUAGAGGCAAGGUAUUAGAUGGAUCAUUUUUUGAGGAUAUGACAGUUUUAGAAGCUAAUCAAAGCAGUCGAGUUGAAAAAGCAUACAACUCAAUUAAAGAAAGAAAUUUUGAUGCAGAAGAUGUAUGGUCCAUAGACCAAUCAAUUUUUAAACCACCAGAGAAAGAAAAAGCUCUCCUUCUCUACAAGGAACUAGUAUAUACCAUGAAAUAUCAACUAGGUAAACGUGAUCAGAGUGGUGAUUCUUUGAGUGAUGGGGAAAUCUUUGGCUAUGGAAAACAGGUUUUUGGCAUAAGUGCUUCCGAACACAAAACUAUUUAUGAUGAAGUUUCAAAGCUUAAACCUCCAGAAUGUUAUUUGAAUCUAAAAGUGAUUGGAGCUGCUGGAUUAGACCCAAAAGAUGCUAAUGGAUUUAGUGAUCCAUACUGCAUGAUAUCUGUAAUUGACAUUGGUGAAGGAGAUGUUAAGGAUAAAAGUAAAAAAAAAAAAAAAGUUUUGCGUGAUUUCCAAAAGGAAGAAGAUAUAAAGUUAACAAAGAUAAAAUUAAAAACGUUGCAUCCUGAAUGGAAUCAACAUUUUAAGUUUGUGGUCAACGAUGUCAAAAAUCAAGUUCUUAGGGUGGAUAUCUGGGACAAAGAUGACAAUACAGUUGUUUGGGAUUCUAAUAAUGCUAUAACCGCUAUUAAAGGUGUCAAAGGGGCAGGAAGGUUUCUUAGAGAAAUGUAUCAGUCUGCUAGGUCACCUGAUUCUUUUUUGGAUGAUUUCAUGGGAUUAGUUGAAAUUCCCCUGAAGAGUUUACCAGAAGAAGGUCUUGAUUCAUGGUUUCAGUUAGAACCUCAAUCUGAGAAGAAAAAAGCUAAUGGCAAGUUGCAUCUCAAAAUGUCUCUUUCAGCAAAGGUUUCAUCAAAAAGUACAAGUAUAGCGCAUGCAGUGAAUAAGGACUUUGGUAACAAUUCUACCCUUACCUCAGAUCAAAUUUAUGAUGAGUUCCUCAAUUAUUUUGUUCGAUAUGAUUGCCAACGAAACAUAGACUUUGAACCAGGAAAAUAUUGGGAUGGUGCAAUCAUGGAUAAAGCAGAAAUAGUACUUAAACAGUACUGUGUGCAGCAUGAAGUGUCUAAACUCCAACAAAUUGUUGUACAAUGGAAAGUAUAUAGCUACCUGUGCCAAAAAACAUUGUUAUCUUAUAAAAAACUUAUUGAUCUUCUCUUGAUAUAUAGUGAGGAAAGUUGUUUAGAUGAGUUAUCAGAAAAGGAAAAUGAAGAUUUUUUAAUUUCAUUGGAAACAUUCUGUAACCAUGGCGAACAUCUGUUAAGCAAAUACCGAUACAUAUUUUCUGCAGGAAAUCCUGAUAAAAUAUUGCAACUAACUCAAUUACUUAUGUGUCUAGACAAAAUUCACAAACUUCCAGUUUAUGCAAACAAGUUUCCUCAUAAGCAACUUUCCAAGCGAGUUGCUGAUGAAAUUGAGAAAAGUACAACAGAGUGGUUUUUUCUCACUGAAGCAUUUUAUCAGUCAGUUUCUCAAACGCCAUUAGAUGAACUUAAAAAGUUAGUACAGUUGACCAACACCAUCAUUGCUGAUUUGAAAAUAGGCGCAUCAGAUUAUAAACCUGUGUUUCAAAUAGUAGAAAUAGACUACAAUGCUGUUGUGUUUAACAAGAUUGAGUUACUAUUGUCUGAAAUAGUUGAAACUUGUGCAUUGAAAUCAGAAGGUGAGCUUAUUGCAAAAGGUAGUCAAGAGUUUGGAACAGCUAUGUUUGAACUAUUUAUUGCUGUGCGGCAUUUGCAUUCUUUCAAGAAGAGUAUUCCACAAGAAAAUACACGCAAAGGAGGACUUGACAGCUAUUGCGAUUGGUUUAAAAAAGGUGUUAUUAAAUGGUUAGAUAUUGCUACAUUAAAAGCAGAACAACGGAUUGAAAAAGCUGUUCUAAUUGAUGAGGUACGUGUUAUUGAUUCCAUGGUCAAACAUUCCACAUCAGCUGUUGAUGUAACUUGUUGUUUGGGGCAGAUAUGUAUUUUCUGGAAAAAUCUUGAAUGGCCAGACGUUAGUGGAGCCUACAUGUUUCUUUCACAGAUAUCUGGGAUUAUUGGCAAAUGCGCUAUGGACUAUGCUGAAAUGAUAUUCCAAAAAUUAAAAGUGAAAGGAUUCUAUGACAAUGAAGGGCAAUUUGAUGUAACAGAUCAAUUAUGCAUUAUGAUGAACAACAUGGCGCAUGUCUUGGAGUUUCUCAAUUAUGUUCCAGAAGCUCUUGAAUACGAAAAAGUUGUAAAAGCCAUGGUUAUUAUACAUGGUGAGGAUAGAUUAGAACAACUUCAGGCUACCCUUAAAAAUAUCAUUCUAUGUGCACAAGAAGAUAUGGACAACAAGUUAGAACAGAUAAUUAAACAAGUUGGACGCAGGGUUAAAGAAAGUUUUAGCGGUUACAUUAACAAAAUAAUUUAUCAGCAUAAAAUUGAAGUGUCUCAAGCAGCAGAUCCUCUUCUUGAGUACAUUGACAGCAACUUGGUGACACUAAACAUGGCAUUACUUUCCGGAGUGUUUAACAAAAUUCUAUUGAACUUUUGGGAGAUGUUUGUGGCUUCCUCAAUAGAAAUAGUAGAAAAAGAUUCUAACAAGUUACAAGCCUGCCAUUAUGACAGACUCAUCAAGUUGUUACCAAUUGUUAUGGAGUUUUUUUAUGGCGAUGGUAAAGGAGUUUCUGCAGAGAGUUUGACAUUUGAUUCAUAUACGAAACUUAUCAAGUUAACAAAUUUAAAUGCUUCGAGUACAGAACAGUUAAUAGAAGAAUAUUAUGUUAACAUGUGUGAGUUUCAGAAAACUGCUGACUCAUCUUUAGGACAAAUAUGUUUCAAAAUAUUUUAUUGCAAUCGUACAAAGACUUUAAAUAUAUAUGUGAUGAACUGUAAAAAGUUGUUACCUAUGGAUACAAGUGGUUACUCUGAUCCAUAUGUGGUUUUGCAGUUAAAGCCAGAUCAUUUGUUUCCUAAGCAGUCUACAAAAAGUACAAGUAUUCAAAAGAGCACAUUAUUUCCAUUGUUCGAUGAAAGUUUUCAAUUUGAUAUUCCACACCCUGAUUGCUUGAAAAAUGGUGCAACUCUUUUGUUUACUAUUUAUGAUAAAGAUCGACUUGAUGAUGACUUAUCAGGCGAAGUUUUUUAUGGUCUACAGGAUUUACCAGGUUUACACCAUGAUUCUGUGCAGGGAGCCUUUGGCUCUGUUCCUCAAAUUGAAAUGAACUUAUGUGUUGCCCCUUUAAUUGGUGAUUGUGUUAAAGUAUUGAAUAACCGACGCCCGAACGAUCAAUUAGCAUCGACCUUUUUAGACAAACAGAAAGAACGUCAUCAUAAAAUGAGUGAAAAUGUUAAAAGAGCGAAGCAACAACUUCAAAAGAUCAAGAAGUGAGUGAAAUCAAAUCUUAAUUUCAGAAUCUAUCAAAUGUGUACCUAAUGAAAAAUGAGCGAAAGUUUAAUUUUUUGAAAGAAGAUAUUUAGUUCUCAAAUUAUUUAUAACUAUUGAAUAAAUCUGCAAAAUUAGUAAAAGACAUACACUGUGUCUUUCAUAAUUUAAGAUAAUAUUAAAUUGGUAUAUAUGUAUAUAAAUGUAUAAUGUUAUUUCUACAAGUUUUAUAAAAAUUAUUGUAUAUUUUUACUGUAACGGAUUUUUUUAAAUAUUUUGCUU